AGCCUCGUUGAAUUCAAUUUUUGAUUUCCCACAAUAAUUAAUACCUCCAAAAGAGGACAUUCGACUCCCCCUUUCCCUUCCACUCUCCUCUACCUUCUUCAACCCUAAUAACCAAAACUUCUCCAACCCCAACCCCAACCCCCAUGGAAUUGGACGCCACCAUCGCCGCCUUAGAAAUGGCGACUCUCCCCUCCGUCGUCGAGCCUGCUCUUGUCGUCACCGAAGACAUUCUCGACUUCAGUCUCGACGGAACCGAUGAAUUGAAGCCUGGCGCUUCCACUUCCUCCUCCUCCGGCCGUCUCAGCCUCUUCCCUGAGUUUGAGGAGGAACUCGAAUGGCUAUCGAACAAGGACGCGUUCCCGUCCGUCGAUACUUGCUUCGGGAUCUUAGCCGACAAUCCGGAGCUUGUAUUGCUAAACCAUCAGAGCCCAGUGUCGGUGCUCGAGAACAGCAGCAACAGCAAUACGACGAGUAGCAGCGGCGGUGCUACCGUCGCGAGCUACUGCAGCAGUCUGAAAGUGCCCGAGAGCUUUCCCGUUCGUUCGCGGAGCAAGAGGCUGAGAAGAAAGAGGUCAGACUUAGUCGGAUUGUUCAGACAGCAGCAUCAUCAUCAUUGUCUGUGGGCGACCCAAGUCUCUUUCAAGACUAAACAAGAACGGCCGGAAACUGUGUUACCUACAACGACGAAUUCCAGGGGAGCUGGCAUUGGGAGAAGGUGCUUGCAUUGCCAAUCUGACAAAACACCGCAAUGGCGUGCGGGUCCUAUGGGGCCGAAGACGCUAUGCAAUGCUUGUGGAGUGAGGUACAAGUCGGGUCGAUUGCUUCCUGAGUAUCGUCCUGCAAGUAGCCCGACGUUCUCGAGCAAGCUGCAUUCGAAUUCUCAUCGGAAAGUGGUGGAGAUGAGGAAGAAGAAGCAGUUACCGGUGGCGGUUGGUGAGAGUUGUGGAUAUAUAUAGGAGGAGAGAUAUAGAGGAUAUAAUAGGUUAGAGAGAGAGCAGCAGCAGCAGCAGCAGGGUUAGCCAUUGUCUCAUUUUAUUUUGGUGGUUUCUUUCUUCCUUAAAAAUUAACAUCGUAUUUUUAUAUUUAUUUUUGUUUAGAUGAUGAGGUUGUAGGAUUUGUGUAUGUGUACUUGAAGCAAUUAGCUAGGUGGGGGUGGGGGUGGGGGUGGG